AUGUUCACAGUCAAUGGUUCGAACGACGCGAAAGGGCAAACAUUCGGAAGAAUCGUUAGGUUACACUGGACGAUGGCUUCUUCCAUAAAAGGCGGCCGGGGAAGCGAAAAAGACAAGCGAGCAGCGCCGGAAGCGUCUCGGAACCGAAUCAUGGAAGACCAAGUCCGCCUCAAGGCCUACCGAUACGUCGCUUAUUCGGCUAUCACGUUCUCCGCCGUCGCCGUCUUCUCGGUCAGUUUUUUUUUCUAUUACUUCAGAAUUAAUUUUUCAAUAUCCUCAUUUAGGUUUGCGUGACGCUGCCAAUGGUGUACAACUACGUACAUGGCGUGAAAAGCCAGAUCAACCACGAGAUCAGCUUCUGCAGAAGCUCCGCCAAAGACAUCUGGUCGGAGGUCAACCACAUCCGAGCUUCACCAAGAAACGGCACUCGCCAUGCUCGUCAGGCCGGUUAUGCUGCCGAUGAAGGCGUCGCUUCUUUCGGCGGAGCUUCUGGAGGAUCUUGCGACGGUUGCUGUCUUCCAGGAGCUGCAGGCCCAGCCGGAGUUCCUGGAAAGCCAGGUCGUCCAGGACGGCCAGGUGCUGCCGGACAUCCAGGAGCAUCUGGAAAAGGCGGCUCUACGCCUUGCGAGCCAGUGACUCCUCCACCAUGCAAACCCUGUCCUGCCGGACCAGCCGGGCCACCAGGAGCUCCAGGACCAGCCGGAGACGCUGGGCGACCAGGAGCGCCAGGAGUCGGCGGAGGAUCAGGAGCGCCAGGACCAGCUGGACCUAAAGGACCUUCUGGACAGCCAGGAAACCCGGGAGCUCCUGGACAGCCAGGUCAGCCAGGAGAGGACGCGUCAAACGAGCAAGCUGGACCAGGAGCUCCUGGAGCGCCAGGACCUCAAGGACCACCUGGAGCCCCAGGACGACCAGGACAGCCAGGAUCUGGCAGCGGAGCUGGUGAGUUUACUCAAUUACUCUGAUACUUUUUCAAAACUUUCUAAUCUAAAAAUGUUCGAAUUGCAGGAGCACCAGGACCGAAGGGACCACCAGGAGCACCAGGACAGCCAGGAGCCGACGGAAACCGAGGAGCUCCAGGAGAGCCAGGCCAAUCAGGAGGUUCUGGAGAGAAAGGAAUCUGCCCCAAGUACUGCGCCGUCGAUGGCGGUGUCUUCUUCGAGGACGGAACUCGUCGCUAA